AUGAGUAAGGUUGAAGAAGAUCCAUUGCCAUGUAUAAGCCCAUCUGUUGUUACUUUUCAUUCUCAAAUUGAUGAAAAUGAUAUUAAAUCAAAAUCUUUUGGAAAUCCUGAUUGGACAAUACAACGAGAAAUAUCAAUUACAAUUGAUAAAACAUUUGAUAAUACAUCGAAUAUAUUUUCAAUAAAACUUCAAAUAUUAGCUGGAAUAAUAAUAACAAUAGGUUUAAUUCUUUCAAUUCUAUUACCUCUUAUGGUACUAACAAUUGAUCCAUAUUGGCCACCAUCAAUGAAAAAUAAAAUGACAUUUCAUAGAUCAGAAAAUGAAUCAAAUUUAUCAACUCGAAUAUUGGAAUAUUAUUCUUGUAAAAAUUUAAUUAUUAUGAAAAAUGUUAAUUUAAUUGGUAUUAAUUUAAUGUCAAAUAAUUCAAUCAGUUGGUCAAAAUGUUGUUUAUGGUGUCUUGAAAUAUUCUCGUGUCGGGCUUUUACAUAUGAUAUUUAUUCAUCAAUAUGUUAUUUGAAAACAAAUCCAAUUUUAAAUAAAUAUUUUCAUAGAGAAUAUAACAGUGCUAUUUAUUCUUCACAUUUGUUCAACAUUUAA